AUGGGAGUAGUUCUUAAAACCUGGAAUAUCAGAAAACUGUCCAUUUUGGCCGUUACUGUGUUCCUGCUUUUUAUAGCUUUCUUCUUAAUUGGUGGACUUGUAGCACCUGCUCCUUCGAGUGUAAUGAACAUGUUAAUGACUAAAUGUUAUGAUAAACAUGUUUAUGCACAUGAAAAGAAAUGGUAUAUUCCACGUGGCUUGCAUGCCUGUGAUCAGAUAGAUGAUUUAAGCAAUCCAAUGGUUAUUGAUAAACGUAUUGAUGCCAAUAUGGUGGUGUUUGCUUUGUGGAUGCCAUACCCUAGAGAGGGUAGACAAUUUAGUAUGUCGCGAUGGUUUCAGAAUAUGCUGACUGUUCUACGGAUGGAUAUUGAACACCAUAGUAAUAAUCCUCUCAAAGCCAAUGCUACAAUGAGAAUGGAGGUGAGACUGGGUUAUAGAAAUCAACAGGAUAAUGAAUCAGAUUGGAAGGAAUUGAUCUCGACACAAGAAGAUAGACCAUUACGCUGUGACACAGAUGGGGUAAGAAAAGAGGAAGAUGAUUACUAUAGAUGUGAAUUGUUGUCAUUUUUUGAAUUAGGAAGUGUUCAUUAUGAUUAUUACCUAAUCAAUAUACACCUACCUGUUUAUCAACCUAAAGAUGUUAAUUUAGGUCUGGGAACGAUUCAAGAUAUUCAUAUUAUUACAAUAUUUCAAAAUGGAGGAUUUACUAAAGUUUGGUUUUCACUGAAGACUGCUAUGUUUCCUGUUAUUAUUGUUGUUCUCGUGUGGUUCUGGAGAAGAGUCAAGCUACUCAGUAGACAACCAAACUUAUUGGAGAGGACCUUGUUAACUCUAGGUAUUGUGUUGUCUAUCAUGAAUUUUCCUGUAGAAUGGUUGACCCUCUGGUUUAAUCUACCUUGGAUGAGUAUACUAUCAGAUAUAAGACAAGGUGCUUUCUAUGCCACUCUUCUCUCAUUCUGGAUGAUAUUUGCUGGUGAACACAUGGUAGACAAUUCUGUGCCCCUAACUCAUAGUUAUUUUUUUUUUCAGGAUUCAACACAAAAGAAUAACCCGAAAAGUUAUUGGAAAUCUGUAACAUCAGUUGUAUUUGGUUGUCUCUGUAUUCUUAUUUUUGAACUGAGUGAAAAGGGUAUGCAGUUGAAAAAUCCAUUCCACACUAUUUGGGUGACAGAAACUGGAACUCGUGUUGCUCUGGCCUUUAUAAUCAUAUCUAUAAUAGCUGCCUGUAUCUACUUCCUGUUUCUAUCCUAUAUGAUAUACAAAGUCUUCAAAAACACCCGUGCUCAAUCUCCGACAAGGAAAAACUGCCUCUUGAAGUUUGUUGAUUCUCGUAUUUUUUUUUUCAUUUUCAAGUUUUUGAUGGUGUUAACUCUACUGUGUACUGCAUUGACUGUUAUAUUCUUCAUUAUCAGUCAAAUCAGUGAGGGUCAGUGGAAGUGGGGAGAUGAUGGAAUCAGUUUACAAUAUACAAGUUCUCUCCUGACAGGUGUUUAUGGUAUGUGGAAUGUGUAUGUUAUUGGAUUGUUGAGUUUAUAUGCUCCCCCACAUAAACCGUAUGGUAAGUUGAGAUUUCUUGAAGUGAUGUACCGUUCUGAAAAUAUCAUCAUAAUAAAUAUUAAAUCACAAGGAAUGGACGUUCUCGGCCAUUCUUAUGUUCUGGCGAGGUUUUAUAUCUCUAUUUUUACAGCUCGUAUGUUUCCUCACACACUCGUUUAG